CGCUGCGCGCCGCGCUGUGCAAGGCCGGGGGCGCUGGGCUACGCAGUGUUAUCGGGCCGCGGCGGCGGCAGCGAGCGAUGCGACGUGCGCAAACGCUCUAGAAUAGAUGCCACCGACUGCGCGGCGGUGUGCUAGGCCACGCAGCGGCGCAACACACGGAGCUGCGCGCUCGCCUGUGAAUUAGCUAGCGGCAUGUAAGACACUAGCGCACUUUUGACUGUUCCUCGUGAACGCGUAAAGGAGUUAAAAUCCAGGCGCGGGCAUCAGCACCAGCCACAAGCGAUCUCGCAUAAGCCGUCACGGGCGGCAGGCUAUCGAAGGGCAGCCAAAAACAAGCAUUCCAGACCAGUGAGUCCCUCUGCCCAGAGCUGGGCAGCAUUAGCACAAGCCCUUCACGCAAACAACAAAAAAGGCAGUCCGUGACCGCCAGCAAGCAUGGCCUGCUUCAGCCCCAAGCCCCUCUACCAGACGUCGGAGCCGACGAUGGCGAGCGCGGCAUUGGUCCAAGCCAAUAGGUUCGCGCAGCAGGGCAGGUACGACCAGGCCCUCCGACUCCUCGACGGCGAAGAAGAGGACUCGCCGACCUCAUUGAUGGUGCGCAUGGUCUGCGAGUGGAAGGGUUUGAGGGAGCUGGACCGAGCCCUCGCGACGUACGACGUAUUAAGGGCGCUUCCUGAAUCACCGCCUCCACUAUUAGCGGCGGCGCAGCGCAACGCGGACAGCAUCCGCCUCGAGAAGAAAGUGAAUGCGAUACGCGAGGCGCAGGAGGUGCGUGCGACGACGACGCGGGAGCACGCGUCAGCCGCUUAUAGAUUCGAGGAGAUUGAUCUCGAGGAGCCCUGUUCAGAAGAAAUAAGGUUCCACGCGCUGUACGGGGCUGGUUUGCAUUGGUACAAGGGCGAGGACUAUGCUAGAAGUGCGCAGUGCGUCGAAGCGGCGCUGGAAUCAAAAGAGGACUUCGCGGCCGCCUGGCACGUCCUGGGCGAAUGUAGGAGACAUCUGGGCGACGCGAAUGAAGCGAUAGAGGCCUUCGCACAAGCAUGUGAGCGGGCGGAGACGAAGCAUGUGCGGGACGCGGCGGCGCGUUGUAGGGUAGAGGCGCUCGUCGCUGCUGGGAGAGACGCCGAGGCAUUAGAAGCGCUCGAAGCGUUGGAAGUCGACGCCGAGGUCCUGUACUGGAGGGGCCUGGCGAAGUCGCGACUGGGCCAGCACGCAUCAGGUGUUGAUGAUUUAGACGCCGCCGCGUCGAAGAUGACCACUAAGGACGUGACGGACGCCGUGGCAACAGCGCGGUGCCGCGCCGGCGUCGCGUCCCUCGCGUCCGGUGAUAUUUUACAUGCGCGGCGCCACUUCUCGGUGGUGGCGUCGCAGAAAUACGCGCAUCAUAAGGAGCACUUCGACGCGCGGUUCAACGUCGCCGUCUGCGACGCGCGGUCGGGAAAUCUUGACAAAGCUACACAAGGCUUCCAGGCCCUCGUCGACUACUCCAUGGUCGCUGGGAUGGAUGACGAAGCAGGAGCUCGCAAAGGGCCCGACUUUGGGCGCGCGUGGGCGGCGCUGGCCGACGUGCACCUCGCUUCCGAGAAUUGGAAUGAAGCUGUCGAGAACUACGAGCUCGCGUCUAUUGAUGACGAUGCUGAUGCAUUACAUAACCUGGGCUACGCCGCGUUCCGCGCGGGACUUCUGGUCAAGAGCCGCGCGGCCUUCAAGCAGGUGAUCCUACGAAGGCCGGACUGCGAGAAGGCGCAGCGGGCCAUGAAGCUCGUUGUGAGUGCGCUCGACGCCCGGUCGAAAAGGCGGCGGGCGACGCUGGCGAAGCUCGCGGUUGACCUUGAUAAUCUGGAGAUGGGGAGUCCCUCGUCUCCAGAACUAGACGCGACGGACGCGCUCGAACGGCUGCACAACGACGCGGUCGGGCCUUUGAAUGCGAUCAAGCUCCAGGGGCAGGAGUCUGGCACCGUUGACAACCCGUACGACCCCCAGGAAUUGCCAGCCGUCAGUAAAGCCGAAGCCGCGUGUCGCGCGGCGAUGAAAGCGUCGCGCGACCUCGACCGGCUACGUUCAGAAGCGCCCCGCGACGCUUCGAAAGAUGCGGCGGCCCUCGACGCGAAAAGGGUAGCGGAAGACGCCAUCGCGAAGGCUCAGAAAUCAAAUGGAGACGACGCGGAAGCAUCAAUCGACGAGGCGACCCAGGCAGUAUCAAAAGCGGCCGACGCGGCGUCAAAGGCGGCGACCGCGGCCGACGACGCGGCAUCAAUGAGGACGAAAGCGCGGCGCGAGGCUCACGCGGCGCUGGAGGCCCACGUCAACAACGCCGUCGAGGCCGUGUUGAAAGCCGUCGAGGCGGACCACAAAGCUCACGUCAAGCACGAGAAGGCUCGUGUCAAGGCCGCGGCUCACUUGGAGGAGCGCGCGGCGCUCGCCCAGCGCCUGUUUAGGAUCGAGGACUCCCUCAACAAGCGCGCAUUGAGAGCGGACGCAAUCGAAGAGCUCCAGCACGCGCGGGCGUGCGGCGCCGUCGCGGCCCAGGCGAUCGCCUCGGCGGCCGAGGACGGACCCAUCGAAGGGGCCUUGGCCGCGGCCGACGCCUUCGAGGACGCGGCUUCUGCUCAUGCGGCGGCGUGUACCGCCUUGCUCGAAGCUGCUGCGCGAAACGAGGCUUGUGAUAGGCUGCAAGGUCGGCUGAGCCAGGCGGACACGGCGACGGCCUCUACUAGAGACGCGGCGCGGCGCGAUGGUUUGGGGGAUGACGUGGACACUGCCGUCAAAGCGGCGGCGCGGGCGCUGAAUCACGCGGUCGUCAUGUUGAAAGCGGCCCGCGAGGGCGGCGACGUGGCCGACGCGCGGCGCGCCGUCGCGGACGCCAUCGCCGCGGCCGCUGAACUGCGGGAGAAGGACGCGGCGCUACGCGACGAGCUCGGAAGGCGGCGCGCGGACGCGGCGCGGCGGAAGGCCGCCGACGAGCUCGCCCAGCUCGAAGGUGACGAGACCGCCGCGUCGGCGCGGGCCCUCGACUUCUACGCGAAGCUCGCGAAGCCGGGCCGCUACGAGCCGAUCGCGUUCGAGUCGGACGCGCGAGCCGAGCCCGCCGAGGAAGCGGUAGUAUGCUACGCGCUGGCCGCGCUCGCCGUCGACGCGAGCAAGCUUCCGACGGGCGUCGACGCGUCGCGGCGCGAGCGGCACCUGUCGCCCAACGCGUUCCGCGCCGCCUUCGGCGUGGGAGCGACCGCAUUUAGCGCGUGGCCGAAGUGGCGCCAGGCGCUCGCGAAGCGGAAGGUUGGGUUGUACUAACUUGGAUUCUUGUGC